CAAAGAGCUCUGGAAGGGGCUAACCUAAUUUUUGCCAAGCCAGAAAAUUUUCUCCAUAAACUCAAUUUGGCCCUCAAAGAUCUUUUAGAUCUUUUUGAUGUUUCGGCGCUGAUUUCUUGUGUACUCUGAGCGCAGAUUUCAUCGCAGUUGGUGCUCUCGACUCCAUGAAAAUCCUUCUAUUCACAAUUACAUACGUAGACAGUAUAGUGUAUGUAUAUAUAUAUAGAGAGAGAGAGCAAGGAGAUGCUGAUUGUGAAUGGAUCUCGAUUCUAUUCCCUCAUGGAAUCAGUUGCCAAUACACUCACAUAUUCGUUUUGAUGACCUAAUGGGGCUGAUAUGCAAGUCAAUCAAGCACAUCGAAGAGCUUUUCGUUUCAUCUCGAAACUUCAAAACAUGUCUUCAUGAGUCUUUCAACCAUUUCAAACAUGUCUUGAGCAACAUGAAUCAGAACAAUCAUGUUUUACUACCACAACCCCUUGACGUUUGCCGGUGGCGCCACACGGUUGCCGUCCUUGGAACUACCAUUUAGUCCUACCCAACCUUACCCGGCCAUGACCUACCAUACGGACAUUCAUGAUGACGCGUUUUUGCGACGGAAGCAACGCCGGAAUCGAACCACUUUCACCCUUCAGCAAUUAGAGGAGCUGGAAAAGGCCUUCGCGGCCACGCAUUACCCCGAUGUUUUCACUCGAGAGGACCUGGCCAUGAAGAUCGGCCUCACUGAAGCCCGAGUCCAGGUUUGGUUCCAAAACCGGCGUGCCAAAUGGCGGAAAACGGAGAGGCUGAAGGAGAAACAGAAGAACAAGAGGGUGGGCGAGGACGGAAACUCGUUGGAAGGGGAGGGCAACUUCUCUGGGGAUGAGGAGGGAGGCAAAAUCGAUGUGGAAGGAACGGCCGAGAGCCCGAUGGGCGACAUCCCAGGCCAUCACCAUGCCACAAGUCUGGGGAAGGAAAAGGGAUCCCUUGCGUCAAGCUUGUUCUCUAUGGCAGCGUUGAUGCGACCCAAUGUACCUUCGUCAUCUAUGCUGUCCUCGAUUUCGUCAGGCUUGCCGUUGCCCAAUAGUUUGACGGAUGUAGGCUCGUCAGGUUCGGGCUUGAGUGCCAGCAACAUUUUGGCAAACCUGAGCUCCAGCUCUUUCAGACCUAGCUUGGACUUCCCAAGGUUCCAUGGGCAUUUGGGAACCAGUGUGUCCAGUGCUGCAGCCGCAGCUACCCUCUUCCCGUAUUUGAUGACCACUAGCCCAUCAACGGGCCUAGGUUCAAUUUCCUGUGCAACGGCAGACUCCUUGUCAUCCAGAGGCAAUGGUUCACCUUCGCGUCAUUUGCCCCAUUGUUGGUUUCAAAAUGUGAAGGGCCUGUCCGGAAUGCCAUGUCCGUGUUGUCCGGCAUCCCUAUCCAAUCCAAGCUCUCCUUCCAAGGAUAAAAUGGGCUCCCCACCCGUCUCCCAAAACGGACUCCCCACUCCGGACAAUCUCUUUCCCAUGGACCCCUUACCCCCUGGGCAAAUCAUGAACGGGCUGGGCAACCCUGGGUUAGCGGGCUCGGACAGUGCUGCCAAUUUGAGUGCAUCGUCCGACCUAUUUUCAUCAAGUGUUGCUGAGUUGAGAAGAAAGGCCCAGGAGCAUUCGGCAGCUCUGUUUCAUCUGGCUCAGAGCGUGCACCAGAAACAACAAGAUGCCAAAGACCACGAUUCCCCAGAGGCCGCCGAGGUUAAACCCAAGCUGUCGCCCCAGCCUCAGAACCCUAGUCCCAAGCACUGAGCAGCAGUUCCUACACGAGACAACUAACCAUAUUCCGCAUUAUACAUAGAUUUACACUACCAUUGUCCUAGCUUAAACAACAACAUAAAUGGUGUUUGUCUUUCUUUCACUAUUCACGCCUGUGAUCAUAACUUGCUAUCUUUAUUCAUUCAUUCCGAAGUAAAUUGUUAUCAUUGCGAAUAAACCUGAGU